GCUGAUUCAGCAGUUAUUUGCAUGUGAUUGAAUAAGAAAAGGGGGGUAUCUUGUGUAGCUGUCAAGCUAGCUAGCUGGGUCAACUUUUAAUACUAGCAAUGUUUUCUUUGCGAGAUGAUGCUGACUUGAGGGAGUUUGUGCUGGAGAAUGUGGAGCACUUUGGAGAGGAGAGAGUUCUAGGAACUGGCUCCUAUGGCUCUGUUCAAGAGGUGAUGAUCAAUGGUGAGGUGUAUGCAGCCAAGAAGAUCCACGAGGUUCUCCUGGAGACGGACGAGCGUGGUGGAGUGGCCAACCUAGCUGGGAACUACCGCAGAGAAAGUCAACUUAUGGCUCGCAUCCGUCACCCCAACAUCACCCAGUUCAUUGGGCUGUGUUUUGUGACUGGCUCUCGACUGCCCCUCCUGGUCAUGGAGAGGUUGGACUCAAGUCUGGACGAUCUCCUGGAGUCCACCCCCAACAUCCCCCUCUCUGUCACCCAGUACAUUCUGGUCUGUGUGGCUCGAGGGCUGCUCCACCUGCAUCGUGAGUCCGUGGUCCAUCGUGACCUCACUGCCAGGAACGUCCUGCUGACGGCAUCUCUGAGAGCCAAGAUCACAGACUUUGGUAACUCUCGUAUCGUGAAUCUGGAGCCUGGUCGACUGGCCAGGACUCUGACGAGGUUUCCUGGGACACUGGUGUACAUGCCGCCCGAGGCCCUCUCUGACAGAGGUCACAGUGUGUACGGACCCAGCCUGGACGUCUUCUCUUUCGGAGUGCUGCAGUUGUUUGCACUCACACAAGUAUGUGUGUAGUUAAUGAUAUUCAUAGGUUAGAUUCCUGGUGACCAUUCAUGCAGUGAAUUACCUUAUAAGUAUUGUGGUUGUAUGUGUUGGGGAGAUCCCCCUUUAAUAUUGUUGACCUUCAGCAAAUGCAUUUUUUGCUCAUAUUCUCCAUACAUACAGACAUACCGUAUAUCUUCUAAUUUAUCGGACAGUAAAAAAUAAUUAUUUUGGAAAUUGUCCGGGUAUAAUUGGAACAGAUUUUUAUAGAGCAUGCGAAGUGUCCGGAAUAAUUAGAACAAGCAAGCAGCUGCAUGCGAGCUAGCUAAGUUUAAUAGAACAGUGUGCGACUGAAUAGUUGCACUAGCUAUCUAAAACUAGCUACUCAAAGCUAUCUAACUGCAGCACUCUAAGUCUUUACUUGCCGUCUGUACUAUGAAUGUAAACUCUACUGUAUUGUCCGGAUAUUUAGAACAAAUGUAAUAUUAAAGCACUGGAGUGUCCGUUGUAUUAGAACAACGAAAAUUGCCCAAAAGAGUGUCCGGGGUAAUUAGAAGUGUCCGAUAAAUUAGAAGAUAUACGGUACAUAAAAACAAUCAUGACAGUCAGUAUUCACAUGUUCUUCCACUCGUGUCAUUGGACUAGGUGUUUCCAGGAGAUCUCCUUGCCCCCACGUAUAGUGACCCCAAUAACCCAGACCACCUCCUGGCUCGCUCAGAGUUUGAGCGUCGAGGUCCCUACACGGCUCUCCUUGAGAGGAGUCUGGCGGGUGGACGUGAG